AUGGGCACAACAGCUACUCCCGUCGCCGGAACUUUCGUCCUCAUCAGGGUCAAGCGAAGCAUGCUGCCGCUCGUCCUCGUCACCCUCACCAGCGUCCUGCUGGUCGGCCCCGCAUCCGACCACGGAGGAGUCUUCGCCAGCCCGCCGCCGGACCCCAUACAGUGCUCGUCGGGCGGCGGCGGCGGCACGGCCGGCGCCGACUGCACCGUGUCGAGCGCCUACGGCGUGUUCCCGGACCGCUCGACGUGCCACGCGGCCGCCGCGGCAUUCCCAACCUCUGAAGACGAGCUGGUGCGCGCCGUGGCGCGCGGCGCCGCGUCCGGGACCAAGAUGAAGGCGGCCACCCGCUACUCCCACAGCAUCCCGCAGCUGGCGUGCCCCGGGAGCGGGAGCGGCGGCCGCGCCGGGGAGGCCGAGGGCGGGCUCGUCAUCAGCACCAGGCGCCUCGACCGCGUCGUGUCCGUCGACGCCUCGACGGGCUACAUGACGGUGGAGAGCGGCGUCACGCUGCGCGACCUCGUCGCGGAGGCGGCCAAGGCCGGGCUCGCGCUGCCCUACGCGCCCUACUGGUGGGGGCUCACCGUCGGCGGCAUGCUCGGCACGGGCGCGCACGGCAGCUCGCUCUGGGGCAACGGCAGCGCCGUGCACGAGUAUGUCGUCGGGAUGCGCAUCGUCACGCCGGCCCCCGCCGCCGAGGGGUACGCCAAGGUGCGCGUGCUCACCGCCGGCGAUCCGGAGCUGGACGCCGCCAAGGUCUCUCUCGGCGUCCUCGGCGUCAUCUCUCAGGUGACGCUGGCGCUGCAACCUCUGUUCAAGCGUUCGGUGACGUUCACGGAGCGGGACGACGACGACCUGGCGGAGCAGGUGGCCAAAUUCGGAUACCAGCACGAGUUCGCCGACAUCUCGUGGUUCCCGGGCCACGGCCGGGCGGUUUACCGCAUCGACGACCGCCUGCCGCUGACCGCGCCCGGCGACGGCGCCAUGGACUUCAUCGGCUUCCGCGCCACCCUGACGCUGGUGAUCCAGGCCAACCGGCUCGCCGAGGACCUCUUCGAGCGCGCCGGCAACGGCAGCGGCAAGUGCCUGACGUCGCGGGUGACCCACGCGGCGCUGUCGGUGGCCGGGUACGGGCUGCAGCGGCGGAGGGGCGGGCUGUUCACGGGGUACCCCGUGGUGGGGCCGCAGCACCGGAUGCAGGCCUCCGGCGGGUGCGUGACGGGGCCCGAGGACGCGCUGCUGACGGCGUGCCCCUGGGACCCGCGCGUGCGGGGCGGCACCUUCUUCCACCAGACCACCUUCAGCCUGCCCCUGCGCCGCGCCGCGGCGUUCGUCGCCGAGGUGCAGCGGCUGCGGGACCUGGACCCCAGGGCGCUGUGCGGCGUGGAGCUGUACGACGGCAUCCUCAUGCGGUACGUGAAGGCGUCCACGGCGCACCUGGGCAAGCCGACCCCGCGCGGGGAGCCGUCGGGGGACAUGGUGGACUUCGACUUCACCUACUACCGCAGCCGCGACCCCGCGCGGGCACGCCUGUUCGAGGACGUCCUGGAGGAGAUCGAGCAGAUGGGCAUCUUCAAGUACGGCGGCCUGCCGCACUGGGGCAAGAACCGCAACCUCGCCUUUGUCGGCGCCGCGCGCAAGUACCCGGGCCUGCCUCGCUUCCUGCGCGUCAAGCACGCCUACGACCCCAACAGACUCUUCUCCAGCGACUGGAGCGACAUGAUGCUCGGCAUCGGCGGGAGGUCGCCGACGACGGACGCGCCCGGAUGCGCGCUCGAAGGGAUGUGCGUGUGCUCGCGGGACGAGCACUGCGCGCCGGAGCAGGGCUACGUCUGCCGCCCCGGCAAGGUGUACAAGGACGCCAGAGUCUGCACCAGGGUGUCGUCGUAG